AUGAGACCAAAUAUCUAUCUUUUCGGAGACUCCAUCACUGAAGAGUCCUUCAGCAAUGGUGGCUGGGGUGCUACCCUCGCUCACCACUUCUCUCGCGCUGUUGAUGUGGUGUUGAGAGGGUACAGUGGGUAUAACACGAGGUGGGCUCUGAUGGUGUUGGAGAAGGUGUUUCCGCCGGAGACAGACUGCGGGAGUGGCCGUGCGCCGCUGGCUGUGACGGUGUUUUUCGGUGCAAACGACGCGUGCCUUCCAGAUAGAUGCUCUGCCUUCCAACACGUGCCUCUUGAUGAGUAUCAGCAGAACCUCCGCUCCAUUGUCUCCUUUCUCAAGAAACGAUGGCCUAAAACUCUUGUUGUCCUCAUCACUCCUCCCCCAAUUGAUGAAGACGAGCGCCUUCAAUAUCCUUUCGUUGAGAAUACAUUGGGUCUGCCCGAGAGGACGAAUGAAGCUGCUGGUGCUUAUGCUAAAGCAUGUGUCGCAGUUGCUGGAGAAUUUGAAAUUCCUGUGGUCAAUCUUUGGACCAAAAUGCAGGACUAUCCUAAGUGGCAAAAAUCAAUCUUACGGGAUGGUUUGCAUCUCAGUAAAGGCGGUAAUAGGAUUGUAUUCGACGAAGUAAUCAAGACAUUGAGGGCGAAAGACAUGAGUUUGGAAACUCUUCCAUUUGAUCUUCCACUCAUAAUGGAUAUUGAUCCUAGUGAUCCUCUUAAGGCUUUUCAAAAUUAGAAAGCUCUCUUUCCGGCUACAGCAUUAUGUUAUGAACAGCAAGCUUAGGUAUCAAGUUUACGUUGACAAACGGC